GGUAAUAUUGUUUUAGAACUAGAAUUGUUUUUGGUUUAACAGUAAAGUAAUGUGAAAAUUUUGUUUAGUGAAAAAUGUUGAAGUGGGUUAAUAAGAACACUUAUUACAACACAAUUAGUGAAUCUGAAUUGAAAUCUGGAAAGUAUUUUAUACGGGGUUCAGAUCCUCGGAUUGCAACAUGUCGUGGAAAAUUACAAAAUAAACGUUCAAAAUUAAAUCAAGAAAUUAAUAAAGAAUUACGUUUACGUGCUGGUGCUGAGAACUUAUAUAAAGCAACAACAAAUCGUAAAUUACGUGAAACCGUUGCAUUAGAAUUAAGUUUUGUGAAUUCCAAUUUACAAUUAUUAAAAGAACAAUUAGCAGAAUUAAAUAGUUCUGUAGAACUAUACCAAAAUGAUAGCAAAGAUGCAGUCAUACCAAUGAUACCACUUGGCUUAAAAGAAACAAAGGAAAUCGAUUUUCGAGAACCAUUCAAAGACUUUAUAUUAGAACAUUACAGUGAAGAUGCCACUCAAUAUGAAGAUUCAAUUGCAGAUUUAAUGGAUAUGCGACAGGCAAUGCGUACACCACUUCGUGAUUCACAAGGUGUUGCAUUAUUGUUCCGGUAUUAUAAUCAAUUAUAUUUCUUAGAACGACGAUUUUUUCCACCUGAUCGAUCACUUGGCAUUUAUUUUGAAUGGUAUGAUUCACUGACAGGAGUGCCCAGUUGUCAGCGGACUGUGGCAUUUGAAAAAGCAUGUGUAUUAUUUAAUAUUGGUGCAGUUUAUACACAAAUUGGUACCAAACAAGACCGAUUAACAGCAAAAGGUUUAGAUUCAGCUGUAGAUAGUUUUCUUCGUGCAGCGGGCACAUUCCGUUACAUUCAUGAAAACUUCACAAAUGCACCAUCAAUGGAUCUCGGUCCAGAAAUGUUAGAAAUGUUAGUACAAUUAAUGUUAGCGCAAGCACGAGAAUGUUUAUUUGAAAAAUUAGAAUUACAAUCACAUGACAAUCGAGACAUUGAUAUAUGGUUGGACUUAGCACAAGAGGCAGCGCAAGUUGGUGAGAUUUAUGGACAUGUACAUCAACUAAUUACAUGCGAUCCAGUUAAAGAUUAUGUGCCAUAUUCAUGGAUUGCAUUAGUGAAUGUAAAAAAACAACAUUAUUUAGCGUUAUCUCAUUAUCAUUGUGCCAUGGGGUUAUUAUCCGAAGAUAUUAUGAAGAUGUCUGCUUCUACUAAGGAAACAUUGCAUUUUCUUCAUGUGGAUAGCGGUAGUAAAACACAAUUAGAUAUAAAAGUACCUGUAGAUGAUUCGGAAAGGAAACUUUUAGGCCGAGCACAUUUACGUGAAUCACUAGUAAUGCACGAAGAAAGUCAGAGAUUACACAGAAUGUGUCGUGAACUGAAAGGGAAGCAAGCAUUAACCGCCGUUUUACGACAAUCCCAUGAGUCAGUGGAAGCCGCAUAUACAGCGGCUGAAAAUGAGGAUGAUUUUCGUGAAGUACUGGAUCCACCAAGAAUACAAGCAUCCACGAAAUUUCAAUUAAGUUUAACUGGUCCAGACUUUGCACAAUUUCGUGUUGAGGAUUUAUUUAAAGCGCUGGGACCGGUUGCAAUAUUUUCAGCAAAACAUCAUUGGACUGCACCACGAUUGGUACAAUUACAUCGUGGCAAUUCUAAUGGCAAUACACAUCACACGUCAAGAGCUGUACAUAAAGUUAUACAGAAUGGUGGUAGUCAAUGUUAUGUAAGUCCAAGUCGACGGGAUAUAUCAGCUUCAUCGUCACGGGAUGGGGAACAUGGAUUUGGGUUCAGUGUACGCGGCGAUGCACCCGUUAUCAUUGCAGCUGUUGAUCACAAUUCACUUGCUGAUUUUGGUGGUGUGAAAGAAGGAGACUUUAUUGUUGGUAUUGGUGAGAAAGAUGUAAAAUGGUCAUCACAUGAAGAAGUUGUAAAAUUAAUUAAAAAAUCUGGUGAUAAUUUAACAUUGAAAUUAGUCACACCAAUGGAUCGAAAUUAUUUAAAACCAAAUAAAACGCCAUCACACAAUAACAAUAACAAUUCAAAAGGUUCAAUAACAACAAACUGUAGCGGUACAUCCUCAUGUAGCGUAAAUAGUAUACAUAGUAGUUCAUCUGGUGUAUCAUCUGGCGGUUUAUCGACAACAAAUCAUAGUCCAAUUGGUUCAUUAUCAAUGUUAAACACGGCACAUAAAAAGCAUACAUGGAAUCCAUUUAAACGGCAUAGUGUUGUAUCUUCACAUCGAUCACACAUCACUGAUAAUGAUAAUGUUAUUUUAAGAUGAACAACAACAAAACAGCAUUGAAUUAUCAUCAAAUUUCCAAAAAACAUAAAAGUACAUACCAAAUUCUAUACAUGUGCAAAGUAUUAAACAAGCUAUAUAAUCUAUGUAAUGAGUUCGUCCAAUAUUGCAAUACAUCUUAUUGAAUGGCGUCAAAUGGAUAGAAGAUAAAUAGAAAUGUGCAAUGUCAGCUAGAGUGUUUGUUUUUGUACUAUUGUAUCGAAUGAAGAAAUUUGUGUUUUAAACUUUUACUUUGUUCUUUAGACGUGUGACCAGGAUACGAGAUUAGCAUGCCUCUUGUAUUAUCCCGAAUUGCAAGCAAUACAAUUUUUGUAAAUUAUACAUUUUCUAUCGGGGACUCUUUUCUCUAUCUCGGCAGUCCUAUUCUGCAUGGUUUUAACUUUUACGGCUUACUUUUAAGGGGUUUUAUCCAGUUGCGAGCGCAAAAAACCUUUUUUUAUAGGUUUUUUUUUUUUGUGAAGACCAUUUAUUUGGGGAAGACCGUUGUCCAAAAUUUAUUAUGGUACCUUGCAGACGACCUCCUGGAAGUCCUUCAAAAAGGUGUCUAGCGAAAAUAUCUAAGAAGAUUGUGUAAAAAUUCGAAACGGAUCGGUCCGGGCUUUUCGGAAGUGUCUUACUCACCGACCUUAAAGUUUCAAAAACCUUUUACACUUAAUUUUUUUUUUCAUUGGUACGUUUAUCUUUGUGAAUAUUUAUCGGAUCAACUUGAAAUUUUCAGAGAAUAAACUUAAAUAUAUGUAUAUUCCGGGAAAACAAAAAAUCGAUUCUUUGAAAAUUCUUACUGGAUAUAACCCAUUAAAAAAUUGUGCAAGCGAACAAAGCUAGAGUAUCGUCACCGAUUACCGUUAAGGUCACUUCAAGUCACAAAGAACAAAGUUCAAAGUUCAAUUAGUAACAGCGUUGAUUAUAUUUAUGGAGCAAGUCCUAAUGGUUGCUUUGUCUUAUUCGCGUUUUCGAUUUAAAAAUUGUAGCGAACAACUUUUAACUAGUGUUUGUUAUCCGACUUUCAUCAUCAAAGAACUACGCAUGACUUCAAUUUAAUAUAAUAUAUUAUAUAAUCUUAAUAGUUUGAAUUAUUUAUGGACGAUCCCAUUAGCAUAUCUCCACUGCUGAAUCCAAAUAAUCUUCGAAAUCAUGCAAGCAAAAUAAAAAAAAUUUGUUAACUUUUUAUUAUAAGAAAAAGUAAAUUAAAAUUUGAAAAAAAAGCCAUAAAUCUAAUAUAUAGUUUUAAAAAUGUUUAUUGUGAGCAGAGUUAUACAUAUAAUGUACACUUUUUACGAUGUCAAAAAAGUAUUUUACGUAAAUUCCAGUAUACACAAAUUUGAUGACCCAUUUCUUCUAAUAGCACUUAAUUCAAUAAUUUUUACUUUUACUUACUACGACUCUGUCCGUAGCUAAAAGAAAAUAAGGCGAGCCUGAAAACAGGAUUUGUGAAUAUUGCUUGAGUAAACGGUCGCUAUUGUUUUUUAUAUAUGUUGCAAUAUGGCGCUAUAUUCUCGUUGGGCGUAAUCUUUACAUGCUCUGAUUGAGACAAAUUUUCUUAUAUCUUUAUUAAAUGAAUUUUAUCGGUAGUAGCUGAAUAUGAAUAAAUGACCAUCAACCAAAAAGUAGAGUAAUUAAAGUUAGACGAGAUUGGUGCAAGCUUGUUGAAUUAUGAAGCAUUUUACUCAUCAAAAUUUUGUAAUAUACGUUCAGUACAUUAUGUAGUUAGUAGCUCUGCUGUACACUCUGAAUAUAUUAUUUAAUGAAAUAAAUUAAAUUUAAAUAUUUCAUGAUUUAAACGAUUAAAUUUUUGAAAUAAAUAGUAUGAAACGAA